UUGAACCCUGUUGGCCACCGUCGGCGGCGGAAGAGCACCGCUCCAUCCGGGUUCCGCAAUCCUGGACGUCGUUAGGGGGUUGCACGGCGCCGCGCUCCCCGGGCCUCAGGCAGCUCGGUGCGGGGCCUCGGCUCGGCCGGCGCUUUCCCGGGCCCGUGGCCGCUGCGCCACCGGCAGCCGGGCCGAUCGCCAUGGCGACGCCGGCGGCGCUGGAGCGCUGGGUGCAGGAGGAGCUGCACUCGGUGCUGGGACUGAGCGAGCGGCACGUCGCGCAGUUCCUGAUCGGCACCGCACAGCGCUGCGCCUCCGCCGAGGAAUUUGUGCAGCGCCUGCGCGACACCGACACGCUGGACCUCGGCGGGCCGGCGCGGGACUUCGCGCUGAGGCUGUGGAGCAAGGUACCGCGGAAGACGGUGGUGGAAAAGCCAGCUCGGGCAGCAGAGCGAGAGGCCAGAGCCCUGCUGGAGAAGAACCGCACCUACAAGUUGCUGGAAGACAGCGAGGCGAGCAGUGAGGAGGCCCUGGGCAGGGCUGGGGGCGGUCUCCAGAAGAAGCGGAAAAAACGGAGACACCUCAGGAAGAAACACCAGGAGGAGGAAGACGAAGAGGAGGAAGAGGUUUCUGAGACUGGGAAGAGGAAGCCAGGGGGUCAUAAGUUGCCCACGGAGGAAAAGCCGGCCUCAGAAGAUGAGUGGGAACGGACGGAGCGGGAGCGCCUUCAGGACUUGGAGGAACGGGAUGCUUUCGCGGAGCGAGUUCGGCAACGGGACAAGGAUCGGACCCGAAAUGUGCUGGAGCGGUCAGAUAAGAAGGCUUAUGAAGAGGCUCAAAAGCGCCUCAAGAUGGCUGAGGAAGACCGGAAGGCCAUGGUCCCUGAGCUGCGCAAGAAAUCCCGCCGAGAGUACCUGGCAAAACGGGAGCGGGAGAAGCUGGAGGACCUGGAGGCCGAGCUGGCUGAUGAGGAGUUCCUCUUUGGGGACGUCGAGCUGAGCCGCCAUGAGCGCAGGGAGCUCAAGUACAAGCGGCGUGUUCGGGACCUGGCCCGGGAGUACCGGGCAGCCGGGGAGCAGGAAAAGCUGGAGGCCACCAACCGCUACCACAUGCCCAAGGAGACCCGGGGACAGCCAGCUCGAGCCGCGGACAUUGUGGAUGAGGAAUCAGGCGCCCCAGGGGAGGAGCAGCGGCGCUGGGAAGAGGCCCGACUAGGGGCUGCAUCCCUGAAGUUUGGGGCCCGAGACGCCGCUGCCCAAGAACCGAAGUACCAGCUGGUGCUGGAGGAGGAUGAGACCAUCGAGUUUGUCCGUGCAACUCAGCUCCAGGGUGACGAGGAACCAUCGUCGAUCCCCUCUUUAUCAGCCCAGGACCAGCAGAAAGAGUCCAUCCAGGCUGUUCGCCGCAGUUUGCCGGUGUUUCCCUUCAGGGAGGAGCUCCUGGCUGCCAUUGCCAAUCAUCAGGUCCUCAUCAUCGAGGGUGAGACGGGCUCCGGGAAGACCACACAGAUUCCUCAGUACCUCUUUGAGGAAGGUUAUACAAAGAAGGGUAUGAAGAUUGCCUGCACCCAGCCCCGGAGAGUGGCGGCCAUGAGUGUGGCUGCCCGAGUGGCCCGGGAAAUGGGAGUGAAGCUUGGGAAUGAGGUUGGCUAUAGCAUCCGCUUUGAGGACUGCACAUCAGAGCGAACGGUCCUUCGCUACAUGACUGACGGGAUGCUUCUCCGGGAGUUCCUCUCUGAGCCUGACCUUGCAAGUUACAGUGUGGUGAUGGUGGAUGAAGCUCAUGAGCGGACACUGCACACGGACAUUCUCUUUGGGCUGAUCAAGGAUGUUGCUCGAUUCCGACCCGAGCUCAAGGUCCUGGUAGCUUCAGCCACGCUGGACACUGCCAGGUUUUCCACCUUCUUUGACGACGCCCCUGUCUUCCGAAUCCCUGGACGCAGGUUUCCAGUUGACAUCUUCUAUACCAAGGCCCCAGAGGCUGACUACCUGGAAGCUUGUGUUGUGUCUGUGCUGCAGAUCCAUGUGACCCAGCCACCCGGAGAUAUUCUGGUGUUCCUGACUGGGCAGGAGGAGAUCGAGGCCGCCUGCGAGAUGCUCCAGGAUCGCUGUCGCCGACUGGGCUCCAAAAUCCGGGAGCUCCUGGUGUUGCCCAUUUAUGCCAACCUGCCCUCCGACAUGCAGGCUCGCAUCUUCCAGCCCACACCCCCAGGGGCCCGAAAGGUGGUUGUGGCAACAAACAUUGCAGAAACCUCGCUCACCAUCGAAGGCAUCAUUUACGUGCUGGAUCCAGGGUUCUGUAAGCAGAAGAGCUACAACCCCCGCACAGGCAUGGAGUCGCUCACAGUCACACCCUGCAGCAAGGCCUCAGCCAACCAGCGGGCUGGCCGUGCGGGUCGCGUGGCUGCAGGGAAAUGCUUCCGCCUGUACACCGCCUGGGCCUACCAGCAUGAACUGGAGGAGACUACGGUUCCCGAGAUCCAGAGGACUAGCCUGGGCAAUGUGGUGCUACUACUCAAGAGCUUAGGGAUCCAUGACCUUAUGCACUUUGACUUUCUGGACCCUCCACCAUAUGAGACCCUGCUGCUGGCUUUGGAACAGCUCUAUGCACUUGGAGCCCUUAACCAUCUUGGAGAACUCACCACGUCUGGUCGAAAGAUGGCAGAGCUGCCCGUGGACCCCAUGUUGUCUAAAAUGAUCUUGGCCUCUGAGAAAUACAGCUGUUCAGAGGAGAUCCUGACAGUGGCUGCCAUGCUCUCUGUCAACAACUCCAUCUUCUACCGGCCCAAGGACAAAGUCGUCCAUGCUGACAAUGCCCGUGUCAACUUCUUUCUCCCUGGAGGGGACCACCUGGUUCUGCUAAACGUGUAUACACAGUGGGCUGAGAGUGGCUACUCUUCCCAGUGGUGCUAUGAGAACUUUGUCCAGUUCCGAUCGAUGCGCCGAGCCCGGGAUGUGCGGGAACAACUGGAGGGGCUCCUGGAGCGUGUGGAAGUUGGUUUGAGCUCCUGCCAAGGAGACUACAUCCGAGUGCGCAAGGCCAUCACAGCGGGUUACUUUUACCACACGGCGCGGCUGACGCGGAGUGGCUACCGCACAGUGAAGCAGCAGCAGACAGUGUUCGUUCAUCCCAACUCCUCCCUCUUUGAGCAGCAGCCACGCUGGUUGCUCUACCAUGAGCUCGUCCUGACCACAAAGGAGUUCAUGAGACAGGUACUGGAGAUUGAGAGCAGCUGGCUUUUGGAAGUGGCUCCCCAUUACUAUAAGGCCAAGGAACUAGAAGACCCCCAUGCCAAGAAAAUGCCCAAAAAAAUAGGCAAGACUCGGGAAGAGCUGGGCUAGAGAUGCUCAGAGGGACCUGACCACGGAGCUGCCUUUCCUUCCACGAUUUAUUUAAUAUUGAUCGAAUAAAAUUAUUUUUGGAAUGAAGUGUGUGGGAGCUUUGGGAUCCAGAAAAAGGACAUGAAA